UGGGUAUAUUACUAGCCGUCACUGUCACACACACACACGAACACUAUACGAUCAAAUAUGGCUUCAGCUUCAUCAUCGGCGGCGAGGUUACUCAUCCGCGACGGGAGAUCAGUGGCGAGUUUACUCUUCCGUGGACGUGCCGCCAAUCUCACGGAGAACACUGGACCGGCCAUUCGGUCUCUGCUUCUGUUAAACCAGACGGUGGUGCCUAGUCAAUACCCGGUUUUCUCUGAAACAUUUCCGGUUAUGCAACCCGGUUUAGGUCCGUGUUACAUUCAGGAGGAGGCUGUGUCGGAGAGAAGAGGGAAAAUGGAGGCGGGUCAGGGAAAGCGAGUGGUUAACAACGAGGGCAGCUCUUCCUCGGAGGAGGAGGAGGAGGAGACUGAUUUUGAUGAGGAAGAGUUUGAUGAUAUUGAUAUGGACGAUGAUGUAGAGUUUGACGAUACCGACGAGGAAGAAGAUGAGGAUGAGGAGGAGGAGGACGAGCAGAUAGUGAAGAAGAAGAAGAAGUAAAAACUCUCAAUUCUUUGCAAAAUGCUUAUCUGUUUCUUUUUCAUGAGAUUAAUGUGUUUGACUUAGACAUGAUCACAUAUUCUUGAUGAAAUAAAGAUUUCCUGUUUUAAAAUAACGAUUUCUUCUA